CCCGCGCCCGCCGGAGAGAUGCCCAGGUGGGUCUGCGGUAGCAGGCGGGUCGUCACCUUGCGCCCGUCCUUGACCUCCGCCCGGCCGCCGGCUUCUCCACGCGAGCCGCGGGUGCCGGUUGGAACGAGGGGAAGCGCAGCGCUGGCUUCCCGCGGCUGCGAGUGCCGAGGAGGGGCUUCAGGUGGAAGCCGCGGCUGCGGCGGAAAGAAGCGGAGCAACGCCCGGCACCUUGGAGGACGGGAAGGCGCGAGGCAGGCGGCGGCUGCUCUCGCCGGCUACCAGGUGACGGUGCUGGUUCGGGAUCCUGCCCGGCUGCCCCCUGACCUCCAGCCAGCACAAGUGGUGGUGGGAGAUGUGCUGAACCGGGCAGACGUUGACCGAGCUGUGCAGGGACAGGACGCCGUGAUCAUCGUCUUGGGCACCCGCAACGACCUCAGUCCCACCACCAUGAUGUCCGAAGGCACCCGGAACAUCGUGGCAGCCAUGAAGUCCUGCAGCAUCGGCAAAGUGGUGGUCUGUCUCUCAGCUUUCCUGAUGUGGGACCCGGACAAGGUUCCUGCCAGGCUGCGGCCAGUGACCGAAGACCACAUCCGCAUGCAGCAGAUCCUGAAGGAGUCUGGCCUGGACUGCGUCUACGUCAUGCCACCUCACAUUGCAGGUGACCAGCCCCUCACCGGCGACUACACCGUAACUGUGAACACCUCGAGCGGUGCCCGAGUCAUCUCAAAGCAUGACCUGGGGCACUUCUUCCUCAAGUGCCUGACCACAUCGGAGUACGAUGGGAAAAAUGUCUACCUCUCCAGGCAUUAUGCCAAGGAAUGAGCCCCCUCCUCAAAAGGCUGGAAAUCGCUGCCUUGGACGCCUUCACCCACCGCCCCUUGUGCCACCGAGUGCCUCCCCCCCCCCCCGCUCUCACAGGAAGUCCGUGAACCCAAGCACAGCUGGGUGGGCUCUGGCCCCCGUCUGGGCCGGUGGUCUGCAGCUGCUUUUCCCAGGUCAGAAAGGGCUCUUUGGGGCAGCAAAGAUUUUUGCUCCACCGAGAAAAGCCCUUGCACAGAAGAAAUGGUCUAGGGUCUCCUGCUCGAGCAGGGGGUUGGACUAGAAGACCUCAAAGGUCUCUUCCAACCCUAUGAUUGGAAGGCAGCAGCCAAACCCCUUCUAUCAGCAGAAAGGAGGUUGGAUGCGGAGGCCACCGUGACGAUUGGGUGGCCAGCUAUAAACAAACCCAUCAGAAUUAGUAAAAGGUUGGAUGGCAAGUAACUGAAUAUCCCCGGGUUAAUGUUAAUCUUCCUCCUGUGUUGCUAAGAAACCUUAAUCCAUGUUGAUGCUUGCAAAGUUCUGUGCAACUUGAAAACAUACAAAGCAUAAGCAGCUAAUCAAAUAAAUGCUAACCUAUU